AUGGACGGAUUAAACGAGUUCCGCACAAUGCGAGUUGCUGAAGUUCUCUCUGAUUUCCGAACACUACAAUACUACAUAGCUGCUGCUCCUGUCGACCCUGAGGACACUGCAGACUAUUACACCGAAGGAUGGGCUGCCCUUCGACAAUGUGCGCUGGAUGGGCAACACAUUCUGGAAUGUGGUGCAGACACCAGCGUGCCAACUCCCCCUGGUGGAGAGCAAGAGCAGGUGAAGGCCGAGCUUAAACAGGUUCUCCUGGACGCGUACGCGAGACGGCACGAGGGACAGAAGAUUUACCUUCGACAAGCGGCGGCUCAACGAUGGGUUGAAUACAGAAAACAGGUGCUGCAGGGCGGCGUACCAAACUCGAGCAACCAGUCUCAACUUCGAGCAUGCGAUCGUCAACUGCGAGCGGAGCUCUCAGCCAUCGCCGACGAAGUAAUCUACGCCGAGCUCAAGGCCUCGGAUGAAGGAAUGGGCCGCUGGACGGCAGAAGAUCCCAGUCUCCGAAGCGUGCUCCGCUGGCUCCGAGCACGCCGGUGA